ACCGGUGUCAUAUGGUACUGUCGCCGAUGUUCGAGACAGGAUUGAGGCUUGAGGAGGCUCAGAGGCUCAACGGAGGCAGUCGUGUCUCGUGACGUGGUCUUGAUAUCACAACGAGCCUAGACUUGGAAUAACCCAGCUGUGAGUUUGCACCUUUCGCCUUGUGAGCGACGCGGCAUGCACAGGAACAAUGGGGAUAGUCAGAGGUUGCGCUGAGGACGCCAGAUACCAUACCGCACACAUGUCCUCCCUAACAUAUGAAACUAGGCUCAACGCAGGUUAUUGAUUAUGCUUACGGGGUCUGAACAGAAGCCAGACGUUUCAGCAGCAGCAGAGAGAGUGCAGCGAGGUGGACGCUGCACGGCGACGCGCCCCCAGAAUCCUUAAACUGAAUCUUGUGGGCGGUGUUUGAGAGUGUGCGUGCAUAUGUGUGUGCGUGUGUGAGGGCGAGCGUGAAAGUGUGUGUGUUGGCACUUCCACAUGGCCUCCAUGCAGGACGGGGUGAACUUCUCUGCUCAUCCCUACGGCAAAGUACUGCUGCUGGGGGCCAUCGCCGCCGCCUCAGCCUUCGUUGUCACCAUCCUCAUCGUCGUGCUAUGUGUGGGCUGCCAGAGGAAGGGGAAGACGCACAAUGGCCCUGGAGAGGAGAGGAAGCACAGGCUCAUGGACAUGAGUAUACUGCGACAGUCCAAGCUGACCUCCAUCAGUAAGUCAGACACCAAGCUUCAUGAGAUGAACAGACUCAACUGCAAUGGCAAGAAAUCUUCUAAGAAGAACCGGCCGGCCAGCAUGGAUCUACUCCUACUUCCUAGCCGUCGCUCAAACUCCGACCUGCGUUCUCAGGGCCGCCAGCUGCCUCAGAUCCCCCCUGGUGAAGAUGGGGAACACACGUAUGCCGAGGUGGGCCGCCGCUCUUCUCCCACUCGCGGUUCUGAGGAUACCCGCUAUGGUGUUGGAGGUCGAGCUGGAGAGACGGACACACCCGCCCCACCGGCGGUCCCUGCUAAUACCCCUGCUCCACCAGAUCCUGAUGGGGACUGCUUGGAUAGUGGGAUUCCAGAGCCAGAGACCCUCCCCCAAGUGGUAAACACGCCCCCUCAACCGCAGGAAACAGUGGAGUACGCCUGCAUUAGAAAGGUCCGGAAAGUGGACAAAGCAGCACAGAAGAGGGACAAUGGGACAGACACUGAGGAGGGGCUCGGACAACAACGACACAGCAGUGGGGACAUUCGACAUGCCCCGCCCACUCACCCAGCCCAACCUCCAACACAUCCACACAGUCAGAAGAUACCUCGGAAAAACAUGGAGGCCUUCAAUCUUCCAUCUUUCCCUAAGGAGGCAGUGUUUAUGGGAAAUGGAGAACAGUACAUAUGGAAACCUCCGGAAGAGGAUGAGAUCAUCUUCCAGCACAAGCAGAUGGGUAUUCUGAGCUCCCAUGCAGGAGAGAAUAUGGCAGCAUCUGCAGCAGGGAUCACAGAGAUGUAUUCGAAAGUCUGCAAACCGGGCAAAAAGAAGCGAGGCAUGCCUGGCUCGCCCACUUCCACGAGGGACAUCAGCGGCUUUAGGACCUUAGCUCGGGGUGACCGCGGUGAUCGUGAUGGGGGUUUCAGUGUGGUAGUCAAACCCCAAACUUGGGCCCCGCAGGAGGGCAAAGGCACAAGAGCGCCACCUGGCUGUAUGGAAGACCACUGCUACGAAGCCAUCAGCACUGAGGAAACAGAACUGGCUUACGAUACCAUGGAGGGUGGGGGAGGCUGGAGGCGUGACAGGCCUCCACCCAAUGCCAGUGCCACCUUGCGGCCCAAACGGAAGCGACCCCAGCAACCUUUGCAACAACCACCGCCACCUCCUCCACCCCCCCAGCAGACCCCUAAACUGCAGCAUCCCCCAGCCAAAACAAUGCUGAUUCCCGGGGAGAGCCUGUACGAGAGCAUCCCUGACCUGAAGCAGAGCUCGGCCAACUCCAGCACAACCACCAUCUUUACUUUUAAUGACGGUAUGGAGAUGUAUGUCACUGGCCUGUAGAGGGUGCUCUGGGGAAGGGAACUUUCCUCUCUUGGGUCUUGAAUCUUGAAUGGGGACACGUAAGCGUGUCUUAACCCAAUGGGAUACGCACAUUGUGCCACUGCUAUAUAUUUUAGUUGUGCAUUUAUUCAGUUUUGUAAGUCUAGUUAAAGGUCAGUAUUCUCGCAGCACAAAACGAUAGAAUGCUUAUGUGAAAAUCCAACCUAGUCAUAUGGCUCCAUAGCGAAGAAGAAAAAUAAUCACCAGCCACGACAUAUCACAAGAGACACAACAUAUCACACCUGACAGUAGCAUUCCUAUAGAGGAAAUUCUUGUUUUUUUGUCAUUACAUGCUGUACUUAAAGGGAUAAUCCCCCUAAAAUGAACAUUUUGUCAUUAAUCACUUCCCCCACAUGCCGUUCCAAACCCGUAAAAGCUCAGUUCGUCUUCGGAAAAAAAUUGAAGAUAUUUUGGAUGAAAACCUGAAGGCUUGAGACUGUUCCAUAGACUGCCAAGUAAAUAACAGUGCCAAU